UGUUUAUAUUACAGAUUAAAUAUAAUAAGAUACACAUAUUCUAAAGAGGGUUCGGAAAUUCCCGUAAAAAGGAUUAAACUUUUUUGAAAAAACACCUCAGUUGCAGGAAAACACACUUUACAAACGGAUUAUUUCAAGUGGUUGAAAACUUUGGAAAUGUGUUUCUAAGUGCUGAUAUCCGUUUACUAAGAAGUAUUGAAACAACGAUUUAAAUUAUGAAAACAAAAAUUCUGUCGACAAAAGUAAUUAGCGCGAACGCGAACAUGAUUGCAAUGUUUAUUUUACUCGGAUUAAGCUUUCUUACAACAGCUGCUCCAAUACCCAAUACAGAAGAUCUCUCAGAAGUUCCGGAGAUAGAAAAUUGUGCCUACGUCAACGCAUAUUACGUCACAUGCUGGUGGAAGCGACCAAAAGGAGACACUGCUUCAGAUUUUAGGCUUGGUUACAUCUCAGCUGCCGACGCUCAUGAAGUAAGGCUUGACAAAUACUGCUCUGUGACAGAACAAAGCAUCGAUGGUGAUGUCAUAACAGAAAGUUGUGGCAUUCAUGGAACAAUGUACGGAAAAUUUACAUUGUGGGUUGCGUCUGUACAUGAUUGUGAUGCAAUAACCGGAGUUUGUCAGUCGUUUGCCAAAAGCAAAGAGAUUGAUUUUACCUGUAUGGGAUCAAAUGUAAAACUGACCAUUCCUCCUUCCUCGCUUCAAAUCGUGGACGAUGGGGAAAGACUAACAUGGGAAGAACCUGAGAGAAUGGAUUCAAUGUUGAGCUUUGCUUUACAUAGAAGGAAAGUUCUUUAUAAAGUAGAGUACAGAGAACUAUUGAACGGAGAAAGAGCUACCGGUUGGGAGGAUUGGUAUAUUGGUCCGGAAACAAGUGCCUUCCUGCCGACACUAGUUCCGGGUUCAACGUAUGAACUCCGCGUCUCUGCCUCUAUGGAUCCAUCAGAAGCUGAUGCCGAACGAGAGUGGACUCGUCCAUCGAAUGUUUUGGUCUUUAUGGUGCCAAAGACGGCAAGAAUAACCUCAGAAGUUACACUUGUCGAUCUCAAGGAAGACACAAAAAUAAACGAACCUUUCACGUCAUCAAAUCGUAUCAAUGAUGUCAUCCGACCGGUACAAGUAUCGAAGAAAGUCAUCAUUGCGUCAGCAGUGACGUCAUUCAUCAUCGUAGUCGCUCUAGCGAUCGCUGGAUACUUCUUCCAAUGGAGACGAUAUUGCUGUUGCCUCAGUAAAAUUAAGUUCUCAGGUCCGAAAUUGUUUGUCAACUUCAAGGAUGAAAGCAUUCACGACCCCGGACUUUUCCCAAAUACUAAUGAAAAAUCUGAUGGCCAAUGUGAAAAAGGAGCAGAAGUACCUUGUCCCAUCACACAGCACAUGCUACAGAAGCCAGUAGCUGCUGUUCCGAACAAUCCAUCCAACAACAACAAUAACCACACUCGGUAUUUCGCUUUAUCUCGCCGGGAAGAACGAGACGCCGAUUUCGGACGACAACGACUCCUGUCUUCAUCCAAAAAUUUGGACGACACCUUUUCUCUAAACGAGAUAUUGGAUAGCGUGGAUGGGCACGAUGAAGAACCUUCAACGUCAUCGCCACGUGACGUCCUAAUCUUUGAUGACGUCACCACACGUAACAAUAGUGUAUCGCUUCAAAACAGGAACCCAUGGAAAUUGAAAUCUCAGGAGGAUAUACAGGCAAUUGUGAAAAAUUUUGGAUCUGUAAAAUAUGUAAAGUUGGGACCUCAAGACAGUGACAUGCCGAGCUAUCUUUUUACAAACGACAAGAAUGACGUCACAAUACUUGGAAGCCUGGAUAGGACCAUGAGCGACUACGUGACGGAUGACACUGGAAUAGAAUCAGCGUUCACAAAUGAUCUAAGUGACGUCACAGGAGACAUUACGUCAUCAGAAGAUUUCGAUGAGGAAAAGUUCAAACAAUGGCAGAAACAGAUGAUGGAUAGUGACGCAAUAUCUGACGGAAUGCCUGAUUACGUAACACACGCGCCAUCUUUUAACAAAGAUUUCUCUCAGAAUAUGACCAUGUUCGUAUCCAUGGCAACAGAAGACGUCACACAACGACAACCAAUAAACGUUUAUGACGCAAUAAAAAAAGAGUCUCCAAUUAAAUGUGAUGACAUAAACGAUUAUUCACAUUUCGCUGGCGAAUCGUCACGCGUCGUCAUAAUGACGAUGUGCCCUUCAUGCAAGAAUGCACAAACACACGAAAAAUGUACAAAUGGAGACAAUAGAGAAUCGCGGGAGGUUCCUGUUUCACUUCCGGUUGGGCUUGACCGCAGGGGGUCAGUGUCAGAAAAUUCAAUAGAUUCGGGAUACAGCCCCGACACACCAGACUGUGCUACUUUGCCUUCCAGUGAAAAAGACACUUUAUUGAGUUCGCGUUUUGAAUUAGCUGGCGCUAGCGAUAAUGAAAACUCUGAUAAUGACGGAGAUUACAUGACGUACGUAACUACGUAAUAAUCGUAUAUAACGUCAUCAAAACGUCAACAACAUUCUUAACACUGUACGUAAUUAAGUUCCAUUAUCAAAAUGUGCCAGAACUUUUUAAAAACUGCCUUUUUCGCUCAACGCGAUUUUCAGCGUUUCACCUUUUUAAAUUUAUGUUUUAUUGUUAUUUACUGAGCUGUAAAUAUUGCGUAAUAAUUAAAAAUAAAAUAGUGAAUCUUAGUUGUUGUUACGUGAUAAUAUAUUCGAUUGCAGAAAAUUUUUAUUUUUGUCUUUUUUCCUGUUCGAAUUAUGUAUAUGUAAAAAGCAUACAUAGCUUUGAAAUAAAUUUUACAAAUAUAAUGAGCUAAUAAUAGGUUACAAUUUUUUUAUCCUAAAAACACGUUGAAAUCACGUGGAUGGAACGUAAAUAUUCAAAAUAAAGAGUUGUAAAUAUUCGAAAUAAGACGGGCAAAAUCAAAUCCAACAAAUAUUUUCAUUAUCAAUUGGCUUCACACCCACUCAAGAAAUUGUCUUUAUCCCCUUGUGGGGAUACCAUAUAUAUAUAUUUCGUAUAAUACGAUAAAAUCCGUUACAUUUUCUGAUUUUUCUUAAAAAUUUUAUGCCACCUUAAAGACUUUACACCCAUACUUGGGAUGACUGCCUGUACAUACGCGAUCUUCUUAUUUAUUUUUAAUUUUUAUUCUUGUUUGUUUAUUAUUUCUAAUGCCUUGACAUAUAUACCCAUUCCCACCAUGAAGCUUUUCAAAUACAAAUCACUUGAAAACGCAAA